CCUGCGUGUCGUCCCACCAACACACGCACAUAAACGCAAUAAAUGCUCCAACAGCCACCACACACACCCCGAGCUCACACACGCCGGGCUCACUCACAGCACAGCUUGCUAUCGCUCGCCGAGCAUGUUCUCCGGCUUAACCCAGAGAUCGAAUUGCUCCUCGGUGACGUGGCCGAGCGCCACGGCCGCCUCGCGGAGAGUGGUGCCCGUCGCAUGGGCGUGCAGCGCUAUCUUGGACGCCUUGUCAUACCUAUCAGGGACACAACACACACAGUGACACAGAGUGACACACACACAGACGGUGGGGUGAAUGGAAUGGUCUCUCUUUCUCUCUCUCUCUGUGUGUGUCAGAUACCCAAUGUGUGGGUUGAGUGCAGUGACGAGCAUGAGUGACUCCCGCAGCAGCUGGUCCACCCGCUGCUUGUUGCACUCGAUGCCCUUGACGCACUUGUCGGCCAGCGAGCGGGAGGCGUCGGCCAGCAGCCGGAUGGACCGCAGCACGUUGGACGCUAUCACCGGCUUGAACACUGUUCAAACAGAUCACAUGACAGACACAUCAAUGUGUGUGGGGCCGGGGGAAAUGGCGUGUUGUGUCCCUACCGUUGAGCUGCAUAUGGCCAUUGCUGCCGGCGAUGGUGACGGCUGUGUGGUUGCCCAUCACCUCACAGCACACCAUCGUCACCGCCUCGCCUGUCGAUUGGCACACAGACGAGACGACACACUCGUGAAGUGAUAUAAUGCCAUCCACGUAUUAUCGUCCGUGUGGCUGUGAUGUGCUCUUGGCACACACACACACAUCAGACGCACACUAAGCACAUUAAUGAAUUACAUUGUGUGGGGUUGACUUUGCCGGGCAUGAUGGAGCUGCCGGGCUCGUUGGCCGGCAGCUGCAGCUCGCCAAUGCCGCAGCGGGGGCCGCUGCCCAACAAACUGAACUCACACACAUAACAGACACACAUCUAUCCGUCCAUUCAUCGCAAAUAACAUAUCGACAUACCGACAUACCGGAUGUCAUUGGCGAUCUUCAUGAGUGACGUGGCUGUGGCAUUGAGGGCGCCGUGCAGCUCCACCAGGGCGUCGUGACACGCCAGCGCCUCAAACUACACACACACACACACACACACGAUGACGGGCACACGACCGUCCAUCCAUCCACUCUUCGAGUCGAUGCGUGUGUCGUGGGUAGGGUGAAUGAGUGGAAGAGCCCUCCGCUCACCUCAUCUCACCUUGUUCUCGGCCGUGACGAAUGGCAAUUCCGUCUCCCUCGCAACCUCAGCCUAAACACACAGAGGGAUGGAUGGUCUUGGUCUUUCUCUCUCCGUCUCUCCGACACGCACACACACAUACAGCGAAUUCCUCCGGGAAUGCCUUGUAGCAGUUGAUGCCCGUCCCCACCGCCGUGCCGCCCUGCGCUAACGCCAUGACGUCCUGCAGGCCCCGCUGCACCCGGACCACCGAGUUGUCAACCUGACACAAACACCCCCACAGCACAGAGAGAGAGAGAGAGGGGUGACGGAUGGAAUGGAUGUGUGGAUGCGUUUCUGUCUGUAUGGGCCGACCAGACCUACCUGUUUUCUGUAGGCUGAGAACUCGUCGCCCAGUGUGAGCGGCGUCGCAUCCUGUCCGACGCAAACGGACGGUGGGGCGUACAGUACACCGUGUGUGGGUAUGUGUCAUCCAUCACUCACAUAAGUACUUGCCUGCAUGUGUGUGCGUCCGAUCUUGACAACCGACUUGAACUCCUCCUCCUUGGCCCACAGACUCGCCGCAAAAUGCUACGGUGGACACACACAACACACCGGGGGCGGGCAGGGCACCACACCUGCAUUCAUUGCAUGUGUUGUGUGUGCAGUGCACACCAGGUCCGAUCUAGCUAGGCACUCACUGACCUGUAGAGCAGGGAUCAGGCGGCGAUGACACUCCACGGCAGCAGCGACGUGCAUCGCUGACACACAGACACCACACACACACAUAAACAAGGAGGGGGCGGACUAACUAGAGAGAGUGUGGCAGAAGAGUGUAGCGUGCCCACACACCCACAGGCAGACGCACAGGUACUCACCUGUGGGGAAGGUGUCGUUAGACGACUGAGCGUGGUUGCAGUGGUCGUUGGGGUGGAUGGGCGACUUGGUGCCCAGCGGCUGGCCCAGCAACUCGUUGCCGAUGUUGCUCAACACCUCAUUCUGCACACACACAUUCACACACACAUACACAGGGGGAGAGGGGAUGGAUGGACGUCGGGCCUGCCCAUCCCAUACAUCCCCUCUCUCACAACGCAACGCCCCAUACCAUGUUCAUAUUCGACUGAGUGCCGGAGCCGGUCUGCCUGCACACACACACACACACACACACACACGCACACCAAUACACACAAGGCCUCCCUCCCUCCCUCCCUCCCUCCCUGGCUCAGGCAGGCAGGCAGGCAGGCAGUCAGGCAGUGACUCACUGACCAGACGACCAAGGGGAACUGGUCCAUCAUGCUCUCCUCAUUCAGCACCCUGUCGGCCGCACGCACUAUCGCACCAGCCACCUUGGAGUCGAUCUUCCCGUGCUUGCCAUUCACACGCGCGGCACAUCUACACACACACACACACACAGACAGAGAGAGAGAGAGAGAGAGACCCACAGAGAGAAGGAACGGCACCUCACGCAGCGGAACACGCGCAGACACACACAGCCAGCUCACUUCUUGACGGUUGCGAGUGCCGUGAUGAGCGGCCGCGGCAUUCGCUCGUUGUCGGAUAUGCGAAAGUUAUCCAGAGAGCGCUGCGUCUGCGCGCCCCAGUACCUAUGGCCAACAUAACACAUGAAUGAGCGUGAGGAGUCCAUUCACACGCAUCCUCACGCAGCACGCCCUUAUCACUCUCCCUCACUUGUCGGCCGGCACCUCCACCUCUCCCAAAGAGUCCUUCUCCACGCGGAAUGACGACAUCGACCGCAAUGAUUCACAGCACCGAGAUCUAUGAGAGGCGUGGAACCCUGACAGCACACCAAGACGAGAAGGCUCCGACAAGAAUGGCUUGUAGCGAUGAAGCCACAUCGGGGAGAUCUGCCGUCGCGCGAUCUGUUG